AGAAGACGUCGAUCAGCUAUUUUUGUACUCUGAUUUCGUGACGUCAUACUCCGAAAAUAUAAAGUUUUUGGCCGCAACAGAAGGAGGAGGUAACUUAGUCACGGCCCUGGCGAGAAGUCCAGGUCUCGAUCUUUCCUGACUUGAGAAAACUACAAUUUUCCAAGCAAACCACCAAAUAAUAAAUUCAGUGUAGGCAAGCUAAUCAGUGCGCUAACCAGUGUUGAAGCUAUCACGAGUUUAAACUCUUGUAUCUCUUUCUUCAUUUUAAAUAUUUUAUACUAAUAUUAUAAUAUUAUAAUUAUAAUUAUAUUUAAAAUUCGUAUUCUAAAUAAGUAUAAUUUAUUUUCGGAAUCAUGAUCCCAGAAGUUAUUGAAUAAAUUUUAUUAAAUAUUUUAAAUAAACAAAUAUAAUUUAGUCUUUUUUUAAAUUAGUGAUUAUUUGAACCGUCAGGAUUGAAUUUGGUUUUAAAGCUAAGAAGACAAGUAUUUAGAUAACGCAAGGUGAUAUUUAAAGAAGAAAAAUAAAAUAGGAGGGCAAAAAGCCACGAGAAAAACGAUGCCGGGUGCGGGAGGUCAGCAACCUCAGAGAACAACAUUUAGACCGCCGUGGGUCAAGGAUGGACCAAAUCCACUACCAAUGCCCUCAGCACCGUGGGCACUUAAUUCUAGAAGAGAAUCUAAGACAAGUAGUGAAGAUGCACCGGCAUUCACUAAAGUCACACUAAAAAGUGUAGCGAAACCGGCAGACGCUGUGGCACCACAAAAACAACCAGCAGAGCCUCAACCAAAAAAGCUAAGUAAAAUAACUAUCGUGCCAACGCAACCUAAAAGCGAUAAGAAUGCAACUAGUAAACUAGCAACAUCAAACGUCAAACAGAGUGAGAAUGAAAGAAGUAAAACAUCAACGGCUCCUAAACUCGGACAGAAGAAUGAAUCGCGUACGGAGACACCGUCUUCGAAACCUCAGCUUGAAAGGCAGAUUCGCGUUGAAAAAUCUCAAUCGCGUAGUGACAACAGAGUUCCUCUUUCUAAAAGUGAAAGUUCAACAGGUGCACCGACAUUAUCAAAAAGUUCAUCAAGGGCGGCGAUACCACCGCCUCCACCGCCACGACCUCCACCACCACCUCCUGCUCGGGAAGUAUUGAAAGAUUUACCCGAGCUUACGAAAACGCAGCAGGAAAAAUUGGAAAUGCUUAAAUCGAGGCCAAGAAAACGUCCUGAUUGGGCUUGUAUGAUGAAAGAACUCGAGAGUAGUAAAAAGCUUAGGCAUGUCAAGUGUAACGACAGAAGUGCUCCAAUCAUUGAGAGGGUUAGCAAAGUUACUGCCGAUCCAGGAAACGCACACUUUGUUUUUGAAUCAGAAAAAUCAAACAUGCAUAAUAAAUUGCUGCAGCAGAUUCAGUCGGGGGUUAAGUUGAAGAGUGUAAAGACAAAUGAUCGAUCAAAACCAGUGUUGGUGGGAUUGAGGAAAUUUAGACGGCAAUUAACUAUUGAAGAACAGAUGCACAAAGCAGAUACUGCACCUGUCGAUGAUGCUGUACCCGAUGAAAUGGAUGAUAUUGACGCAGUAAGAGAUGACUUGCAAAGCACUAAACAGAUGCUUGCAUUGGAACUGAGAAAUAAAGAGGCAUUGGAAAGAGAUAACAAGAGGCUACAGGCAAGACUUUUAAAUUUGGAAGCAGAGAAUGAAAGGUUGAAAUUGCAACAAAAUGUAACAGAGUACAAAAAGCAGGACGAAAAGAUAGUAGAAUCAUUGAAAAAUGAAGUAGGUCAAGCGCGAAAAGAUGUUGAGAAAAUAGAAAAAGAAUUUUCAGUAGUUGCAGAAGAAAGAGAUAGGACAAAACUUGAAUUAGAAGAUUUGAAAAAAAUGUAUGCUGCAUUAGAAAAACGUAUGAAGGCUGACUAUUAUUGGGAUUGGGAACAAGUUGAACCUGAACCCAUAGUAGAAUUCCCACCAGAAUCGGAAGCAACGUGGUAUAAUGUUUCAGGAAUGGCAUUAGCUGGAUGUCCAAGUGCUAAAGAUGUAGCAAAGAUUGCUUCACAAAAAAGUAUCGAGAAGGCAGAGAAGACUCCGAGUGAAUCGGAGGAAGAAGAAGAGGAAGAAAGUUCUGAGGAAGAAGACGAGGAUGAAGAUCCGGAAGCUGUUGCUGAACGGAGAGCAUUAAGAGAAAUUAAAUUAUUAACAACUAAAAUUAAAAAUUUCAAAGAUAAAGAAGACAAUUCUAAAAAGGAGAGACAUGCAUUGAAAGAACAAAUAAAACAACAGUUAAAAUUAUUGAAGGAAGAAAAGAAAAAGUACAAAUCACUCCAAAAAGAAGUUGAUAAAAUGGCCAAGUUGAUGGCUGAUACUGACGAAGAAGAUGGAGAUGAAGAAGAAGAAGAGGAAGAAGUAGAAGAAGAAAGUGAAUCUGAAGAAGAAUCAGAGUCUGAAGAGUCUGAAGAAGACGAGGAAUCAGAAAUUGAUGAUGAAACAGCUGAUUCAGAAGAUCGAAAGACUAAACUACAGGCAAUCGCAAAGAAACACGAAGGACGUUUAGCUUCAUUGAAGAAAGGAAACUAUUUAUUAAAAGCUCAAGUUGAUAGAUUGAAAGACGAUUUAGCUAAACAAAGAGAAGAAAGUUUAUCUCUGCAGGAAGAUCUUGAUUCAGUACUGGCUGAAUUAGGUUAAUUUGAGUAGCAACUAAAGGUUAUUUACAGUCGAGCACCCGUCAUAAGCGUCCCCCUCAUAAGCGUAUUUACCUUACUCCACAGUAAAAGUCGAUUCGCAUUUAAUGCAACGCAUUAUGAGUUCACUCUUUGUCAGACCGUAUAUGGAGGUUUUCCAUACACCCUCCCUACCUGUGUGCUACCACCCAUACGAUCGGUCUCAUAACGAAAUUUUACUGUACUAAGUGAACAAAACUUUCCCGACUUAAAUUAACUAUUCCUUUGUGUUUUAUACCAGAGCACUCAGAGUAAGUCUUUGUUAAAACUGUAAAAAUUAUGGUAAUACACGGUAAUAUCGCCGGACAAAAUAUUACCGA